AUGGAGGUUGCUUCUGAACAAAGCAGCCCAACUUUGCAUAGCAGGGACAGUGGGUUCUUUGAAAGAGGUAUUAAAACAAUGUUAAGCAUCCGGAAAUCAAAACGAAGUCCGAACAAAGAGAAAGGAAAGGAAGGUACCGGCACUUGGAAAGGAAAACGACUUUCUUUGCGAUUCUCCAAGAGCUAUGAGGAGAACAAAACCACGAUCUGUAAUGGUGUGGAGGAGAUUAGUGAGAAGAUAGAAGCAAAGCCCGUUCAAGGAAAGCCUCUUUCAGUAAUGGAAAUCAAUGAACUUAUUCAGAAAAGGCAACUUUUGGAAGCAUUUGCAAGCAUCAGGUACUUGGAAGAUGAGGCUAUUGCUGAACGGGAUGCUGAGAAAUACCAAGAUAACCCCCAGGAAUUUGUACGGAAAUCCAAGGAUGUGGAUUUGCUUUAUAACUCUAUCACAAAUGCGAUCCAGUCCAUUGUGGUGGGAACGCUGGAGCAUCCCACUGCAGAAGACACUAUGCUGACCUCCCUGGUGACUUUAAUUGCUUGUGAAGAAGCAGCUCAUGCUAACACAGGCAAUGCUGCUGGUCCUGGGUUGGACUUGCUUGGCACACCCAGAAAGUGGAGGGAGGAGUGGAGGGAAGCUAUCAACAAGAGUGCUAGAAAAAGAGUCCUGAGGAUACCCAUGGCAUCGAAGGAAGAAGAGAGUUCUUGGCUUGAUCUCCACUUAGGAUUCCUCCAGAAACAACUGAGUGAAGACUUACUGAAAAUCAAGUUAUCAGUAAAAAAGUGCUAUCCAGAGGAGUACCAGGUGUGUGACACGUAUGUGGAGGCUUUUCACAAGGCCAUUGCCUCACACUUGCAAGAUCUCUCCCAGAGACCGCUGGAAUUCAAUGAGCUCUACACCUUACUCAACUGGGUGGCCAACACCUACCGCAGUGAACUCUUUCUGGGUCACCCCGAUCUCAAACCAGAAGUUAAGACAGAAAACCUGUCCCUGCUGUUAACACCAGCUGAUUGGGAUAAACUGAAAAAUGACUACAUCGCUUCUGCAAAGGGGAAAAUCAAAAGCUAUUUUGGAAACAUCCUGCGACUGGAGGUCACAGAGAAGUGGGAGAAGGAAGUUCAUCCAGAAGUGAAGGAAAACCUCUACCACUCCUCGGUCUCCUUUGAUAUUCAAACGAUCAUCGGGGAGCACACAAAGAUAUCUGGAGCAAUCAGUAGAAGCCUGGAAAUGAAAAUGCUUGAGCUGUGCCUGGCAGAGCUGCAUGAAUUCAUACCAAGGUUUGGGGAGGAGUUCGUCGUGUGGAGCACUGCCCGGGACAGCCCCAUCUUUGCGCCCUAUUUCGUUGCCUACGUCAACAGCUUCCACGACCUGGUGUCAGGGUUAGAAACAGUGUUUAAAGUCAACACUGAGGAACUGCAGAAGAUUUUGGCAGCUCUGACAAGGAACUUCACAAAUACUUUUUUAAAUAAAUUAAGAACAAAAGCGCAGCCACUCCUUAAGAAAAUCCUCACCAAGGACUGGAUUUUGGCGACGGAAAGGCCAGACUCGCUGGCGUUGGCAGUCUCGCAGUUCUCCAAGCACCUGCAGCACAUGAGGGAGCCCAUGGGGCAGGAGCUCCUACGUGAUAUUCAUAAGUACGUGGUGAGGGAAUACAUCAUGCAGGUCAUCAAACCCAGACGGAAAAUGAAUGCGGAGACACAGCAGCAAGUGAGUGAAAAGAUGAACCAGGAAGCCAGAAUCCUUAAUAAUACACUCAUUGAUCAGGGCUCUGACUCUGACUGGCUUCUUCCCGCCAUACACCACAUUGCCAAUAUAAUUGGGGAGAAGAAAAAAGACAGGAUCAAGGAGUACGUCAAGGAGCUGUGUCAGGAUUAUCCGGAUAUCAGGAAGGAGCACGUCCUGGCAGUCCUCGCGCUCCGGGGGCUGGGGCGCGCCAGGAGAGCGGCAAUUUUCCGGCAAGGCUACCAUGUGUUGGAGAGCCCCGACGGUAGGGAGGACAGCACGCUCUUCGCUGAAAUUGAUGCCCCGGUGUCCAUCAGCUGCUUCUAA